AGAGAGAAAGGAGACUCAGCAAGCAGCUACAUCAAGGGAAUAUCCACUAACCUGCUGCUAGAGUGGAGCAUCAUCAUCGUCAUCUCACACACACACACACACACACACACACACACACACAUACACACACAUACGCGGCGUUUACCACCAGACGGCUGUGUGCAUGGUCUGAUGAGUAUCUCGUCUGCCGACUCACAGAUGCAGACUCCUACUCUCGGCCCCCAGUUCAUGGCGGGGCCCCAAGGCAAGGUGCCUGGCAGGAAGAGAGGUCGGCCCCCCGUCCGUAAGCUGGAGUUCCAGAGCCGCUACACGGAGCCGCUGUGUCAGCUCAAGGUGCCCAAGAAGAGAGGCAGGAAGCCUGGCUUCAAGCUGAAGCCCAGGAUGGUGAUGUCCCCACUGGCUGACUCUCCUCCCAGCAGUACCCCAGAGCCUGAGAUGGGCUCCAUUCCCCAGGAUGCUGCCAUCGUCCCCCAUUCUGCCACACCACAGGCCCUCACAGCAGAGACACCAAUGCCUGAUGACUUCUUGUGUGACCCCGUGGACUCCAAGCGCUACGCCGUUGACCCCAGCGACUCCGCCUUUAAUGUCAUGGCAACACAGUUCCCACCCAAGCAUGCCUACAUUUACCGUGGCAGCAGCAGCUGCUCUGCACCAGUUGGCAUCUGCAGACAAGCAUCCAGCCCUGCAGCCUUCCAGGAGGCAAACAGAAAUGCUUACAGCCCCAUGGCAGAAGUUGGGGAGUGUAAGCGGCCCACUGGAAAGGACCCAUCCAGCUGGGGUGUAGAGGAGGUGGUGUGGUUCAUCAAAGACGCUGACCCCCAGGCUCUAGGACCGCAUGCUGAUGCCUUCAGGAAGCAUGAGAUAGAUGGAGAUGCUCUGCUCUUGCUGAAAAGUGAGAUGAUGAUGAAGUAUUUGGGACUGAAGUUGGGGCCGGCACUCAAACUCUGCUACCACAUCGACAGGCUCAAGCAGAACCGCUUGUGAUUUGCCAAACUCUGGCAAGGCAGUAUGACUGCCUGAUUAACUAAAACUGCCCGGUGCUGAUCCACUGUAGCUGUUUCCAUCUGCAACAUGUCAGAUCUCAGCCAUCAUCAAUAGAUCAGGAAUGCCCAUGAAUCCAAAUUACAUAGCUGACUGUUUCUUACUUGCCUCUGCCACAUAUGUUGUUUUGAGACUCUUGCUGAAUGGAGGUUGGCUGUACUUCCAAAGACUGUUUACAGCUGAAACAAUUAUCAGUUCAUUUCCAUCUUUGCUUACUGGGUAGCUGAAUAUAUUUGGAUUG